CGCGAGCGAACGCCGGGCACCCUCGGGCCCCUCUCCUCGGGGCGGCGGGCGGAAAGGAGGAGGAGGAGGAAGGCGGUCUCCGUGGGCUUUCGUGGGGGACACGGCGGGCUUUACGGGACUGGGCAAGCUGGACUAGCAGCCGGCUCGUGCCUUGCUUGCUGAGGAGGGAUGCUUAUUGGCUUUAGGGUGGUUGGGGUCUCCCCGUGUCGCAAAAAAGGGAGCGAGCGACACCCCCCCCAACAACAACAACAACAACACGAAUGGUUGUUUUGCAGGCUCUUCAGUUUUUAAGUUCCUCUGGAAUAGCUUGAUCCAGACAAGAGGGAGAUGAUGAUGGUGAAUGGGGCCUUGGGAUCUGAUGAGGUAUUGGAUUACAAUGACUGAUCAGUAAGGGUAACUUACUUGAACUGGACAUAAGAAAAUAUCUGUUCUUGAAGCAACAAUGUCAGCAAAAUCAACGCUCCUUAAAGUAAUCCUUCUUGGUGAUGGAGGAGUGGGCAAGAGUUCGAUUAUGAACAGAUACGUCACUAACAAGUUUGAUACAGAGCUGUUCCACACAAUAGGUGUAGAGUUUUUAAAUAAAGACCUGGAAGUGGAUGGGCACUUUGUCACAAUGCAGAUAUGGGACACGGCUGGUCAAGAACGUUUUAGGAGCUUGCGGACUCCUUUCUAUAGAGGUUCUGACUGCUGCCUUCUCACUUUCAGCGUCGAUGACUCUCAGAGCUUCCAGAAUCUGGGCAAUUGGAAGAAAGAAUUCAUUUACUAUGCAGAUGUCAAAGAGCCUGAAACAUUUCCUUUUGUGAUACUGGGAAACAAAGUUGAUAUUAGCGAGAGGCAAGUGUCUACAGAAGAAGUCCAGAACUGGUGCAGGAACAACGGCAACCAUCCUUACUUUGAAACCAGUGCAAAAGAUGCCAUUAAUGUCGCUUCAGCCUUUGAGGAAGCUGUUCGAAGAGUUCUUGCCACUGAUGAUAGGUCAGAUCACUUGAUUCAAACUGAUACAGUAAACCUUCACCGGAAGCCCAAGCCUAGCUCAUCAUGCUGUUGACUAUUUUGUUUUAUUUUCCAGCCAUAUAUAGUUCUAACUUAACUUGAAGUAAUAAUAGAUCAGAUAUGAUUCAGUGGGUGCCACUAAUAUAUUAAAAAUGUAACAUUCUACUGCUUUAUGUGUCAGCAGAGAAAAGCUUAUUUCCAAUAAGUAGCCUGUUACUGUUAGUGGAGUCUGACAUCUGGGAAGGCACCAGCUGAAGAGUUGAUUUAAUUUAAAUGUGUCAUUUGAAAAUUAAUAAAUUAUAUACUAAAACUUGAAAGUUCUAGAAGCACUACUUGGAGGACUUGUUCUGAAAUUCAGAUGCAGAAUAGAUUUUUUUAUAUGUGUACAUAUAUAUUUUUAUGAGAUCACCAGCCCAUGUUUUGCUUCACUAAAACCCUUUUUUCAUAAAGCAGUAAUGGUAGGUGAUAGGGUCUUGUUCUAGUUCUCAUCUUUAAAUUGAUUUUUCUUUUAAAAAAAUCAAAGCUAAUAUAAAUAUUUUAAGGGCUUUUGCUAUUUGCCUAGUGACACUGAAUUGCCUGUAGAUUUUAUGUUAGGAAAUAAACCUGCAUACAUGGA